AAGACGCAACUACGCGCAGCCAACCCGAACAUGUCGCAGGAGCAACUGGACAUGCAAGCAAUGCAACAGCUUAAGACGAUGACUCAGGCAAGGCAGAACGCGAUGAACGCCGCAGCCGGCAUUCCUUCGCAGCCCAACGCGAACAUGCAGCAGCCACAACAGCAGCAAGCUUACAACAACCAGAACGGCUACCAAGCGAAUCGGCAAAUGGCGAACGGCAACAUGGCUAGUGGCAUGUACGGCAACGGCACAGACGGCAACGUCCCACCCCAAGCCAACAUGACAUCGACCGUGACCAGUUCAACCCCUCCUCAGCAGCAACAAGCGUACGCUCAGAAGAUGAUGCGCAUGCAACAAAUGCAGAUGCAGAUGCAGCAGCAGAGCCCCAACCAAGGUCACGCGAACCUCAACGGUGGCAGUCCCGCUCUGGCGCACGUCAGUCCGAACAUGGCGCCCGCCAGCCCGGCGAUGCAAUACUCGCCCAACAUGAACCAGAUGGUCGCGGGCGUCAAUGGUCAACAACGGCCUGCGAGUCGCAGCAACACGCCGCAAAUGCAGAGGUUAGGGAGUUCGGGUAGUGGCGUGCCAGGUAUGAAUGGGAAUGGAAUGCAGAGUCCGAAUGCGUUGCAAGGCAGUCCGAGGGGCAUGCAGGCUAACAUGGCCAGAUCGUGAUUAGCUGGUGCAUAUCUGGGCGAUAGACGAGGCAGCGCGACGCAACGUCGCAACGAGCCGGAGGCCCGUGGUGGUUGCAGGGCUUUUGAGAUACUGCGCAGGAUAAGACAGGGACUGCUGAAGAAGCAGGAAAGCGAAAGCAGCAGCUUGAGGGUAGUUGAGUGCUAUGAAGCAUCAAUCCACACCCCCGUUUGAAUAA